UUCAUUCUUGGUGCGAUCUUCAUGCGCUGCAGUCGUCAUGUGAUCGUGGGAGUGGCAGAAAAUCCGGAAACAAACACUCCUCCGCUGCAGAAAGUCAAGAGAAAGCUCUUCAUCAUGGCCUACCAGGCCGGAAUUCAAGAGGAGCUCACCGCCUUAGUUCACGACAUCAGCUCCAACAUACAGAAGAUCACACUGCUGACCUCGGAUCUGCAGAGGACAGUGUCUCUGCUGGAAACAGAGCAGGACAGCAGCCAGCUACGACAGACAUUGCAACAGAAACAGCAGCAGGGCAACCAGCUCGCAAAGGAGACUGACCGACUGAUCAAAGCCUUCAGUGCACGUCCCGUUGGCCCCGAUCAACGGCAGAGAAAAAUACAGAAAGAGCGCCUGUUGAAUGACUUCUCCGCAGCCCUAAAUAGCUUCCAAAAGACCCAGCGGGAGGCGGCUGACAAAGAACGAGAUUUUGUGGCCAGAGUCAGAGCCAGCUCCAGGGUGUCGGGAGGCCAGCCUGACGACGGCUUUGGAAAUGUGGUUCCCUUCUCAAACGACUCCCAGGUGCAGGCUCAGGCCGAGGCCAUCACCGAAGACGACCUGAGGCUGAUCCAAGAGAGAGAGUCGUCCAUCAGGCAGCUGGAGUCUGACAUCACAGACAUCAAUGACAUCUUCAAGGACCUGGGGAUGAUGGUGCAUGAGCAGGGAGAGAUGAUAGACAGUAUAGAGGCCAAUGUGGAGAGUGCCGAUGUGAAUGUCCAGAGCGCCACCCAGCAGUUAGCACGUGCUGCAGAAUAUCAGAGGAGCUCACGGAAGAAGAUCUGUAUCCUGAUGAUAGUUUUGGCUGCAGUUGCUGUGAUAGUCGGACUUAUCAUCUGGGGAGCCAUCGGCAAAUAAAACGCUCCUCUUCAAUCAUCAGCCUGGACAAAGGAGGAAGUAUGGUCCUUUCUCUGCUGCACAUCCAAUAUUUCUCACCCCCCUUAUUAGGGGAGUCUUUUUUUGAAGAUGUAUCCAUCUUUCUUUGGACUGCACGCUCUCUUCACUUUAAAACAAAACUAGCGCUGGUAGCUUUAUCGUUACAAUUGGCUUUAAUUGAUUUUUUUGUGUUUGAUUUUACUAAUUAUUUUCUGUAAAUGUCAAGAUUUUUAUCCUCACCCGUUUGUCCCGUGAAACACAGAUUUUUUUAGAGUAUCUCCAUUGAGCUACAUGUUGAAUAAUGUACAGUGUAGACAACGCUUCUUGGUGCAGUGAAGCAGCACAAGGCAGGUAUGAGGUAUUUAACUUUCAAGAUCUGUUUCUUUCAAUAUGCCACAUUUCUGCAGCUGCCUUCUUUAACACAUAUCACACAUGCCACAUGUUUAUCUGCAGUUUCACUGUGAAUUGAGUACAUGAUGUAAAUUUAUUGAGAAAACACAAAUGUAAACUACAUUUAUCUUAACCUAACACAGAGCUGCCUGUGACAAUACUUUUUUUUUUUUUUUUUAAAUCUCCUGUACUUGAGGUCAUCAUAAAUGAAAAUUGAUUGUUAUUUUCUGGCCAACUUCAUGUUGUUUUUUUCAUGUGUUGUAUGAAGAAAUACUGUUCUUGUGGUUAUUACUUUAAGUUGCACUCCACUAUCAGCCGUCAGAAUGACAAGUGUUGGAGGUGGUGUGUUUCCUUUUGCAACUGUAAGUGUGUAACUCAGAGGUGCAAAGCGCAUAUCAAGGAGAAUGUUUUUUUAUAAAUCAAAUCACCUAUCGCAGAUGACUACACUCAGCAGACGGUGACAGAGAGGGUCACUUGUACUGAAUCUGAAAUGAGAAGGGUGCUUUUCACCCAAUUGUAAUUUUUACAUAAUUAUAUGAUUCUUCAAUAAAACAAUUUCGUCGUAAAAUGUGCUACCUCUUUGAGUUUAGACUAUUUUACGUUGGUCCUUUGGUACCGUCUUUUUUACUGCAAGAUAAAUAAA